GCCAAUCUCUGUGUGUGUUGCCAUGAGUGGAGUAGUCUCCUCUCCGAUGACCUCUUCCUCCUCCUCGUCUAUGGCGCCGUCUCAGACCCCAGGGAAGGCGAUGGAGGAGGUGGAGGUGUGGAAGGACAUCAGCCUCAGCAGCCUCAACCAAGACAUGCCCUCCACGCCUCCCCUCUCGCUCCACUACCAUCACGACUCCAAUCCCACGUCCACCUCCACCUACGUCGCCGGCGUCACCCUGCAGGACUUCCUCUCCGGAGCCUUCAGGGUGGCGGAUCCGAUCCCUCCCACAUGCUGCGUUCGCCGCCCCGCCACCCUCAGCCUCGGGCCCGGCCAGUUCCUCGACUGCCUCAGCCCAAAUUCCAACUGCAGCAACAGCGACGGCUCCUUCUCCAGCUGCUCCGCUGGGUUCGCGAUGAUCAGGAACGGGGCCUUCGAGAACGGCGACGGCACCGUCGUCGACGGGCGGAAGAAGCGAAUGAUCAAGAACCGGGAGUCGGCUGCUCGGUCCAGAGCCAGGAAACAGGCUUAUACGAGCGAGCUGGAGACGGCAGUAGAGCAUCUUUUGGAAGAGAACAGGAAGCUAAAGCUCAUGUACGAGGAGUUGCUUAAGCAGACGAUGGCGGCUCAGCCACCUGCCGCCAAGAAGCGGAAGCUCCAAAGAACCUCAACUGCUCCGUUUUGAGGAAAGAGGGGAGCCUAGGAGCUUCAACCUCAGCGGCUGCGGCAGAUGCAACCCUCUCUCGCUCUCUUCUUACAGGACAGUGAGUUGAGCUUGUCACAGGUUUUGCUUUUGCAAGGCAUGGCAAGCUCCUUGCAGAGGAACAAGACAGUCCUAAGCUGCUGCAUCUAAUCCUACAAAAUAAACAAGUCUCUCUCUCUCUCUCUCUCCCUCUCGGUGUACACAUAUGGACCUAUCUUCUCUCAUAUGGUCUUCUGCGACAUGGAUGCUUCGUGUUUGUUCUUUUGACAGCAGGUAGCGCUUGACGCUAGUUGAGUUUCUUGCA